CAGGUGAUCCCUGUGUAUUUGAGCCAGAAGUAUGGGAUUGUUUGACAAGCUAGCAGGAUGGCUUGGGCUGAAGAAAAAGGAGGUUCACGUUUUGUGCCUUGGCUUGGACAACAGCGGCAAAACAACAAUCAUAAAUAAACUUAAACCUUCAAAUUCUCAAACUCAGGACAUCGUUCCAACAAUAGGAUUCAGUAUAGAAAAAUUCAAGACCGCAAGUUUGUCUUUCACAGUGUUUGAUAUGUCAGGUCAAGGGAAAUACAGAGACCUCUGGGAACAUUACUACAAAGAAGGCCAAGCCAUUAUUUUUGUCAUUGAUAGCAGUGACAAAUUAAGAAUGGUUGUGGCCAAAGAAGAACUUGACACCCUGCUGAAUCAUCCAGAUAUUAAGCACCGACGACUGCCUAUUCUCUUCUUUGCUAACAAGAUGGACCUCAGGGAUGCAGUGUCAUCUGUGAAAGUAUCUCAAUUACUGUCACUAGAAAACAUCAAAGACAAGCCCUGGCAUAUCUGUGCCAGUGAUGCUCUUAAAGGAGAUGGAUUACAAGAAGGUGUGGAUUGGCUCCAAGAUCAAAUUACGCAAUCAGAUGCAAGCAAUGAAGACAUGAGAGAUAAAUAAAAGAUGUAUGGCAUUCUUUUACAACCUUUGUCAGUAGGUGUACGUGUUCCUUGGAAAGGAAGAAUGAUUUAAAGAAAAUGAACAGUUCAGCUAAAAUAUACUGUUGACUUGUUUCAUUUUAGUACCUCUCCCAGGAGAACUGAAUGUAGACAACAUAGCACCUCAGGUAUGCACACUGAUGAAUUAAAUUGAAUCCUGUGACUGGAGAGGGUAU